AGGGUGCGCAUGCGCGAGUGCUGUUGCGGAACUUGUUGAGGAGCGAACAGGGCAGAGGGAGAGCUCCCGGCUGUAGAGCCACUGACGGCCAGUGACUGCCCCGCAUGCUCAAGGUGGAGCAGGCUGUCGACAUGCAGAACGUCAUUAACACUGUCAAAGGGACUGCGCUCGGAGUGGCAGAGUUUCUGACACCGGUACUUAAGGAGUCAAAGUUUAAAGAGACUGGAGUAAUUACCCCAGAGGAGUUUGUGGUAGCUGGCGAUCACCUGGUCCAUCACUGUCCCACAUGGCAAUGGGGUACAGGGGAGGAUGCCAAAGUCAAACCAUACUUACCCAAGGAAAAGCAGUUUCUGGUGACUAGAAAUGUUCCUUGCUAUAAGCGCUGCAAACAAAUGGAGUAUUCUGAUGAAUUUGAAGCAGUCAUUGAAGAGGAUGAUGGUGAUGGGGGAUGGGUGGAUACUUAUCACAAUUCAGGUGUUGCUGGAUUGACAGAAUCUGUUACAGAGAUUACUUUAGAAAGCAAAGACAACUCAAAGUGUAUAGGCAGCACCACUGCAUGUAUGGAUGAUAAUGAGGAAGAUGAUGAUGAAGGAGAAGCAGCUGAUAUGGAAGCCUAUGAAGAGAGUGGCUUGUUAGAAGAUGCAGAUGAUGCAACUCUGGAUACCAGUAAGAUAGAAGCAAACAAGCCCAAAGCAGAUGCUGCUGGAGAAGAUGGGAUUCUUCAGACUAGAACCUAUGAUCUAUACAUUACUUAUGACAAGUAUUAUCAGACACCAAGACUUUGGUUGUUUGGUUACGAUGAGCAACGACACCCACUGACUGUUGAAGAGAUGUAUGAAGACAUUAGCCAGGACCAUGUCAAGAAAACAGUGACAAUUGAAAAUCACCCUCACUUGCCUCCACCUUCAAUGUGUUCUGUCCAUCCAUGCAGACACGCAGAGGUAAUGAAAAAAAUCAUUGAAACAGUUGCAGAAGGUGGAGGUGAACUCGGUGUACAUAUGUACCUUCUUAUUUUUUUGAAAUUUGUUCAAGCAGUCAUUCCAACAAUUGAAUAUGAUUACACAAGACACUUUACCAUGUAACUUCAAAGUUUACACAAUCAGAAUAUUCUCAGAAUAUGUUCUGAGUUGAUAAUGUGCUGCUGCCUUUCAAUUGUAGCUACUAAUUCACUCAACAUAAUUCUGACCAUUGCUUGUUCAGUUUCAGUUCCUUUUUACAGAAGUUCUGUAAUGACAUUGGCAAGAGCUUGUCUGUUUAUACAAAUGAAGAAGCUGAAUUCAAUUACAAAACUUUUUUUUCCAUGAAAUCCUCAUUUUGUGCUCCCCUGUUCUACUUUUGAGUAAACAACUGAAACAAAUACAAACUCUCUAAUUCAUGUUUCAUUGCAUUUUGAAAGUAAGAUAUAUUGACUUCUAUUAAACCCAAUUUAUAUUUGCAGUAUACAAAUAAAUGAAAAAGACUGACAAA